AUGGCAGACCAGAAUAGGAAUAGAACCUUAGGGGAUUAUGCAAUUCCUAAUUUGCAAGGCUUUAAUUCUUCUAUAAUCAGGCCAACUAUCCAAGCUAAUCAUUUUGAGAUUAAACCUGCCUUAUUACAUUUAGUUCAACAGGAUCAGUUCUCAGGAGGAAAUUCUGAUGACCCUAACUUACAUAUCUUAAAUUUUUUACAGCUUUGUGACACAAUCAGGAUAAAUGGGGUCAGUGAAAAAGCCAUCAGACUAAGAUUGUUCCCUUUCUCCUUGAGAGAUAGAGCCAAGUGUUGGCUUCAAGCUCAACCACAGGGUAGCAUUUCUACAUGGACAGAUUUGGUGAACAAAUUUCUGAUUAAGUACUUUCCUCCUUCAAAAGCUGCAAAAAUCAUAGGGGAGAUUACUUCAUUUGUUCAGCAAGAUGAAGAACCAUUAUAUGAGGCAUGGGAAAGGUACAAAGAGCUACUAAGGAAGUGUCCUCAUCACUGCAUACCUGAGUGGAUGCAGCUGGAAACAUUCUACAAUGGGAUGACUGCUGCAACUAAAACUAUGAUUAAUGCAGCAGCUGGAGGAUCACUGAGUUCAAAGACAUUGGAGGAAGCUCAGCAGAUUAUCGAAAUGAUGGCAUCAUCCAUGUAUCAACAUAUGAAUGAAAGGCAAGUUGCAAUGAGAGAAGGCUAUGAUGCAAAAUCCAUAGAAGCUUUAUUUGUUCAAAACCAGUUGCAGAAACUGCAAUUUUCUGAACAAAUUGCUGCAUUAACUCAGCAAAUUAGCAACAUGCAGACUAGUAGUAUGCCAACUCCACAACUGAUUUGUGAUUUCUGUGGUGGCAACCAUGCAAAUGGAGAUUGUGAUCCUACAACUAUGGAACAAGCUGACCAAAUCAAUUAUAUGAACAAUUACCAAAGGCCACAACAACCACAUCCACCUGGUUUUCAGUCUAAUAACAAUAGAGGGCAGCAACAAUUUUACAAAUGGAAUCUACAAAAUUCAAAUGCAAGAGGAAAUACAAGUUCUGCACCUUUUCCAAGUGCAAUACCUCAACCGCAACAGCAAUACUUCCAAGGGAAUUCCUCUGCACAGUUUCAGAAAAAUUAA